CAUGAUCUCCCCUCUCUCACAUCCACAGGCUUUAUUAUAACACGCAGUCAAAGUGCAGGCUCAGCCGCUUUAUAGUCUCAUAUAAUAAUGUGAUUGCUCUGUAUCUAAUUCCAGCCGCAAUAUUUAGCGCAGCGACCAUGUUAACGACAUAGAUAUUUUUAAAACUAUCUCGGAGUAAAGAGGGACACUGGCACUGGCAUAGCAUCACCAAACAGCUGCAAGCUAACAGUAGCGUUAGCGGAGGAUACAGUGCGGUGCAGCUAACGUUAGCUUAACCGCACAGCUGUUGACAGGCGGCAACUCCACGCAAACUGCACCGACUCUCCGUCCAUCCCGCUGGAGUAACGUUACCGUCCGAGAGGAGCAAAUGAACGAGCUGGUGAGGUGUUUGCCCUCCCCGACUCUCCCGGGGCUCCACCUGCCGUGUCUGGACACCGGUACCUACAAAGGCUGGCUCUUUAAAUGGACCAACUAUCUGAAGGGUUACCAACGGCGGUGGUUCGUCCUCAGUAACGGCCUGCUGUCCUACUACAGGACUCAUGCAGAGAUGGCGCACACCUGCCGGGGCACAAUUCCCUUGGCAACAGCACACAUUGAGGUGGGUGACACCUGCCACCUGGUGUUAACCAGCGGAGGCCGAAGCUACCACCUAAAGGCCACCUCGGAGGGAGAGUGCCAGCGGUGGGUCUCAGCCCUGCAGCAAGCUAAGGCCAAUUCCUCUAUGCUGAUGCAUCACUCAGAUGACUCAGGAGAUGAAGGCCCUGUACCUCAGGACGACCGAGCCCUAACCCAAGGGGUGCUCAAGACUCUGGCCACCAAGCUAGACGACCUGAGCACCUGUAAUGAGCUGAUCGGAAAGCACGGCGCCGCCCUCCAGCGCUCCCUCAGCGAACUUGAGGAACUGCGUGGAUCCGCUGACAGCACAGACAGAGUGAAAGCUGUUAAUGAGCGAGCCACCCUCUUUCGCAUCACCUCCAAUGCUAUGAUCAAUGCUUGUCGUGACUUCCUGGACGUAGCUGAAUCUCACAGCCGGAGAUGGCAAAAGACCCUGCAGCAUGAGAGAGAACAGCGUCACCAUCUGGAGGAGACCAUUGAACAGUUAGCCAAACAGCACAACAGCUUAGAGAGAGCCUGGAGGGAGAAUCCUACCUCAUACACAGGUGUGGAGCGGUCUCAGGAGGGGGACGCGAGUGAUGAGAAUGACGACGCAGAGUUCUUUGAUGCCAUGGAGGACUCCCCUGCAUUCAUAACUGUGACUGCUAGUGGCAACAUACAGCACAAGCGCUCAGGGAGUAAUCAGAGUAUGAUGAGUGGAGGAAUGUCCAAUGACUGGACUCACAAUGAGAAUGACACCUCAGGCACAAACCACAUACAGCUACGAAGAACAAGACGCAGUCGUAUUCCUGACAAACCAAACUACUCCCUCAACCUGUGGAGCAUCAUGAAGAACUGUAUUGGCAAAGACCUGUCCAAGAUACCCAUGCCUGUAAACUUCAACGAGCCGUUGUCGAUGCUGCAGCGUCUGACGGAGGAUCUGGAGUACAGCGAGCUCCUGGACCGGGCAGCUCGCUGUGACUCCUCUCUGGAGCAGAUGUGCCUGGUGGCUGCCUUUUCUGUCUCCUCCUACUCUACCACAGUUCAUCGUACAGCCAAGCCCUUCAACCCUCUGCUGGGGGAGACUUACGAGCUGGACCGACUCGACGAGUAUGGUUAUCGCUCCAUCUGUGAGCAGGUCAGUCAUCACCCACCAGCUGCUGCCCACCAUGUGGCAUCACAACGAGGAUGGACACUGUGGCAGCAUAUCACUAUUGAUAGCAAGUUUCGUGGGAAAUAUAUUUCCGUCAUGCCAUUAGGAAACAUUCACCUGCAGUUCCACUCAAGCGGAAACCAUUAUGUGUGGAGCAAAGUGACGUCAACAGUGCAUAACAUUAUUGUGGGGAAACUUUGGAUUGAUCAGUCUGGGGACAUUGACAUUGUAAACAACACUACCAAGGACACCUGCCGUCUCAAAUUCUCCCCCUACAGCUAUUUUUCCAGAGAAGUCCCUCGCAAAGUGACAGGAGUGGUGGAGGACAGAGAGGGCACAGCCCAUUACAUCCUCUCAGGAACCUGGGACGACAAGAUGGAGAGUGCCAAAAUAGUGGACAGCAGCCAAGGAUGCGGAGGCUCUGAAGGCAAACAAAAGACCGUUUAUAAGACUCUUCAGCCCAAACUGUUAUGGAAAAAAUAUCCCCUCCCAGAAAAUGCAGAGAACAUGCACUAUUUCUCCUCCUUGGCUCUGACUCUCAAUGAGCCAGAGGACGGUAUUGCGCCCACUGACAGUCGUCUGCGGCCAGACCAGCGGCUAAUGGAGGCAGGUGUGUGGGAUGAAGCAAAUGUAGAGAAGCAGCGUCUGGAGGAGUGUCAGAGGCUGGAGAGGAAAAGGAGGGAGGCGCAAGCCAAUCAGGCCCUGGAGGAAGGGCAAGACGUUGAGGGUUACCAGCCACUGUGGUUUGAGAAGAGGACAAAUGAUACAACGGGGGAAAGCACCUACAUCUACAGGGGCGGAUAUUGGGAGGCCAAAGACAGACAGGACUGGAGCCAAUGCCCUGAGAUCUUUUAGGACAAAAGCACCCCUUACAUCCCGGCAUCAGACAGGCUGAGUGGUUCAUCCUGAUGUAAGGACACUCUGUGAGUUACAGACAGUUGUUUGUGUGUGGAUGUGACUAUGUGAGUGAGCAAACCAGCCGUUGAAAGAAGCCGACACUCCCAGAAUUUCAAGCACAAAACAAGCUCCUGCUUCCACUUACUUCUCUAUCUCUUCUGCUCUGUUAUAACUUGUGUUUUCAGGAUGCAUGGCCUCAGUUUGUGUGUGUGUGUGUGUGUUGUGUGUACGCUUAUUCAGCACCGUAGAGAACUGGUUUAUGAGAGUACAUAGAGUUCUUAUGUGUGCCUAUGUGUGUGUGUGGGGCUGAAAGAUUCAUAUAUGCUUUACACAGAAAGGAUUUCUGUACCAAAACACGUUUCAGUGAGUGAGUGAGUGAGUAACCUGGGAGCAAAGGAGUGCCGCGGAAGUUUUGGUACAAGCACUGAAUGUUUUGUUCUCCUCAAAGUUGGAACAACGUGUCCCUCAUGCUGAGCUCUGACAGAGACCCCAGGCUUUUUAAAGGACCGUAGCAGGACUGCACAUUCUUCUGCGCUUAAAGGAUUUUUCACAGAAGACCUUCAGUUAUUGAGCCCUCUGAUUCGGGGGGAUUUUUACUAUUCUGGUUCUCAAAAUUUCCCAAACUGUAGAUUCUUGAAGAAUUCGCUGUUAUUGUCCAGCCUGACCGGCCUCUAACAAGCACGUACUCGGCCAUGAAAACCAAAGCAGAUGUCAUUCUCUUUGGAUGGACGACUGACUGAAUACACGUGCUGUUUUACAGACAACUGCUGCUUUCCACAUGAUUUUGAAAUGAUUUGUCUAUUUGCAUAAAAGGGGCACGCCACUUUUUACUAGCAUGACGAUUACUACACAGCCUGUAAAACCAGUGCAUGUUUUCACAGGCUCUGGAAUUUGUCGAGUCAGAGAAAAUUAUUUAAGUGACCUCACUUGAGUGAUAUCAACUUGAAGUUGUGCCAACUGGAGGCGUACAGUUUCAAAAGUUUACAAAGCUGCAGGUUUUAACUAAAGACACCAUUUGAGUUGCAUUAUGAGAAAUGUAGGAUCCAGUAUUUUUGGAGCUUUACCCAUCCUAAGGACUGAAAAUCAGAAUAUCUUGACCUCUCCUGCAUCUAUUUUUGACCAUCUAUUAAAUUAUUCUCUUACAACUUGCCAAACUUAUGGAAAUUAAAGUUGCUGGAGUACCACUUCAGAUAUCGCAAAACUGAAGUCCCACUGAAGUAUAAAUCUGCUUGGCCUGGGUGAUUUUCUUCAGCAAGGAAUUAUAUUGGUGCUCAAUAGUAAUUUUAGCCUUAACUAUGUAAUGAAGUAGUAAGUCCCCACUGGAUUCAGAGAUUCUGUACAUAUUAUAAACAUCCGGUACACUAAUUUUACAUGUAUCCUUCAGGGUGAAUUGUAAUAUCAGGGUUUAUCAUCUUGGUAAGUAGCAGCAAACUUGUCUCCCCAAGUACAAACAGUAGAAAUGGCUAGCACUAUGAGUGGUUUCUAUCUUAAAACUGCUUUAUUUGGAUAUGGCAGCAAUAACACAACAGCACAGUCGCCUGAGAAGAAAGCAUUCCCAGGGCAGGGAGCUUCAUGCAGCACAAAAAGUAUGUUUUGGUAACAGUAGUCCAUUAGCUGAAUGAUAGUUAUGUAAAGAAAUCAGAUUUAUACACAUCAGUCAAGGACCAGAAAACUAUUAAAAAAGGCUUGGCAGUGUGUAUGGUAAGGAUGUACAUUAGUAGUAAAUAUACAUUCUAUAACCAAUAAUAUUUAUUUAUAGUUUUCAGUUUACUGUGAAUUAUAAUAGGGCAUGAUGCACACGUAGGAUUGCCUGAUUGCUUUCUGCCUGUACAUAGCAAGAAUAUACUAGAAAUAGAACUGCCUCAUGUAUAAUCACUGUAAGAAAAUAUUGUUUCACAUUACUUGAACAUUCACAUUUUGGGCACUACUUAAACUUCAUCUGUGUAUACUUAAUCUUAAAUGGAGUCAAGAUUGUAUACCAGUUAAUUAGAUGUUGGGGAGAUUAAAUUAUGACUAUGUGUUUAUAAGAUCUAUAUAAUACUGACGAUGCAAAUAAGGUGUUGUUCAAAUAAAGCACAAUGUUAUGUUUUCCUGCAGGUAAUGAUACAUGCUACAUAAUCUCAAAGGUUUUCAUGGCAACAUAUAGCUAUGCAUGGUUUAAAUUGUCCGUGGACUCUUACUGAAACAUGAUGUGAACUCACCUUUUGUGCCCAAUGACCUCAAAAAUGUUACAUUUUUGAGCUCCAAUAAAAACAUAAAGCUGUCACUGCACUGUUGUUUACUGUCAAACCGAUGUUGUUCAAAUCCUUCAAUUCACAAGGGGCAGAUGAUGCGUCCAGGGAAACAGUGUCUGACAUGAUGCCUCGAGGUCAACAAUAAAUGUAUCCUGGGAAAGUGUCGCUGAUCUGGGCUGAGGUUGAAUGUCAGCUGCUGUCAUCAAUGCAAAAUAACAAACCCACACACCAGAAGUGUCUCAUCGGACAAACAAUUAAAGGUGUGUCAACUCAGUUUGAAGAUUUGCAAAAGGAAAUAUGGAUUUCUAGACAUUCCAUAAACUUCUACUUGUGAUUGUACUCUGAUAUGUCACCAGAACUAUAUAAUAAAUACAUAAUAUUAUAUUUGUGGUACUUUUAAAAACUCCAAAACAAUAAUAAACAGAACACAGGUGAAAAAGAUUAAACAAAGCAUGACAUUGAUUUGGUUCAUCUGAACUUUGUUUUCAUUGUGUGAUUAGCUAUUUUCCUCUGAUGAAUUUAAGGAAAGAAAAAGUAAACCCUCUGCAUUUCCGUGUGGUAUAUGUGAUGAUUUAUACUUUCACUUUCACUUGAACACAUUAACCACAUCACAACAUUAACUGUGAAUAUUUCAAUAAAGUUUAUACCCUGAAAGAGUAUGAUUAACAACUCCAUCACCUCAUUUAGAAAAAACAGGAUGUCAUAAAAAUAUGAACACUGUGUAAAGCCGGUGCAAAGAAGGAACACUGAGUUGUAUGGGAUGGAGACAUUGCACUGAUAGGCUUGGUUUACAUCACCUUAUUGCAGAGGUGUGGACUCAAGUCACAUGACUUGGACGGGAGUCAUAUCCAGGUCAGAAAUUCGAUGACUUUAGAAUCGACUAAACAAAAUCAAAAAAGACUUACUUCACUUUACUUGAAUGCCAGUGACUCCUGACUUCACAUGGACUUGAGCCUUUUGACUUGAAAACACUUGUUACUUUCCCUCAAGCCCAAAGAUUAACCAACAUCAACUUCAGUCCAUCCAUCUAUUUUCAUCCACUUUAUCCGGGGCCGGGUCAUGGAGGUAACAGGCCAAGCAACCCAGAUGUUCCUCUCCCCAGCAACACUAUCCGGCACCUCCUGGGGGACCCCAAGGUGUUCCGAGGCCAGAUGAGAUAUGUAAUCCCUCCAGCGUAUUCUGGGGUCUCCUACCAGUGGGACGUACCCGAAACACCUGUGACAGGAGGUGCUUAGGAGGCAUCCUGAUGAGAUGCCCGAACCACCUCAACUGACCCCUUUUGACGCGAAGGUCAAUGUAGAUGGACCAGUAAAUAAACUCUAUUCAUUCCCAGCAAGUCAACACUUAAUUCCCCAGAUCCUUGUUUGAAUGAAUCAGACAGCAUCCAGUCAAGUUACAGGAGAAAACAAUGAAGAACUAAUGUUACCUUACCUUGGAAAAAUAAAUAUCAAAGAUAAAUUUGUUUGCAUACAAAAAAUAUGUGGUGACCAACAAAUAAAAACAAAAAUGCAGAAUGCAAUAACACAUGGAGAGGCAGCAACUUCCAACUUUGUUUAGCAUUUAAAGUUGCACAAAGAAUAGUGAGUCAAGACUAUCGUUAACAUAGUUAGCAUGCUAAUGCUUAGCUAAUGUUAACAGCUAAGUAACUUUAUCACAAACUUGUUUAACAAAUAAAAACAUGUUUGAAAAGUAUCAUGAUUUUUGUAAAUAAUAUUAUUACUCUUGUCAAAGUGGCAUUACAUUUGAUGAAGUGCUUUAUGACUGGUUUAGGACUCGAAACUCAAAAUGUAGGACUUGGGACCUGUCAGUCUUGACUCUGGACUUGACCUGGGACUUGAAUGCAAAGACUUGAGACUUACUUGUGACUUGUAAAGCAAAGACUUGGUCCCACCUCUGCCUUAUUGUUAUUACUUUAGGUCAAACAAAAAAAAACAUAUCCAUCUUUUAUUGGUACUUAUUUGCAUGGUGCACCCUGUGUCUGCGGUUUCCUAACUCAUCCUGAACACUUCA